CUCAGCGAAAUUUCAGAAUAUAAUAGGUACUAGCCAGCACCAAAUUCAAUCUAAAAUCGAAGUACAAAAAAGGAUCUGUACAAAAUUAAUAACACAAAGAAGGAUUUUAGAGUCUAGACGCAGUUAAAAUGUUCUGCCCAAAUGUUUUGAUAAGUUUCGCUACAUUGCUAUUAUUGACCGUUGUUGGAAUACACUCUGCACCAGUUCAAACACAAUCAGAAGCUCAGAAGUAUCUUUCAAAAUUUGGUUAUCUACAAGAAAAUGCUGAAUCUUUGCAAAUGAUAGAUGAAAACACAGUGAUCCAAGCUAUUCAGGAUUUUCAAGAAUUCUUCGGAUUAGAUCUGACCGGCCUGUUGGAUAGUAAUACAUUGGAAUUUAUGUCACUAACAAGAUGUGGUAAUAAAGACAAACGCGGAAAUAGCGGUUCAAUACGAUCUUAUGGGUUUGGAACUCCUUGGAGCAAAAAAGAUUUGACCUACAAAAUCACACAAUAUACCAGAAAAAUGGAUCGACCUGAUGUUGAUGCAGAAAUUGCCAGAGCUUUUAAUGUUUGGAGUCAACAAACUGAUCUCAGAUUCACACCAAAAUCCAAUGGACCAGUUGAUAUUGAAAUUAAGUUUGUGCAAGGAAAUCAUGGUGAUAGAAAUUCAUUUGAUGGUCCUAAUGGUGUAUUGGCUCAUGCAUACUCACCUGAAGAUGGUGAUGCUCAUUUCGAUGAUACUGAGCAAUGGACAAUCAAUACUCCUUACGGUAAAAAUCUAUUCCAAGUGGCAGCUCAUGAAUUUGGUCAUUCUCUUGGACUUGAUCAUUCUUCGGUGCAGGAAUCUUUAAUGUAUCCAACCUAUAAAAGAUAUGAUCCAUAUUUUCGACUACAUUCAAAUGAUAUAACGAGAAUACAAGAACUUUAUGGAAGAAAAACAGAGCAAGAAAAUGAUGCAGAAAAAGAGGAUAACUCAAACAACGGUUAUGGUUUCCGUAGACCUACUUCACGUCGUAACGGUCAAAAUCCAACUGUGCCUACUACACGCCACAACGAUGAAAAUCCUGGUUGGCCUACUUCGCGGCGCAACGAUGAAAAUCCUUAUUGGCCUACUACACGCCGCCGUAACGAUGAAAAUACAGAAGAAAAUGAAGAAGAUUCCAAGGUUGACACUACCAGAGGCAAAAACAAUAAUAACUGCGAAGAAGACAACGAUGAAUAUUUACUUGCAGGUGGCAGCAGAUCACCUAAUUCAUGCUUUUACCGAACAAAUCGCCUACCUACAAGAACAAGAGGCAAGAACAUGUGGAAGACAGGUAGUAAAGUUUAA